GCAUCAGCGUCAUCAUCUCCAGUACGAGGCGGUCUGCACCUGCACCAGAGAAGAAGAAGAAGAUGCUGCUCGUCUCAUUUUUAAUAAGAAUUGUUUCGAUAAUUUAAUGUUUUUUAUUAUUCUUUCGAUGUCAGUGAUGUGUGUGUUGGUUAAGUUUAGUUGAGAUUUGACGUUGUUAUUCGCUGCCAGUCAGUGUGUUUAGGGCGUGACGUUGACGAACACUCAGUCAGAGAUAUAAAAUAACGGUACUUGAAUAACAUUAACAUGAAGACGAUAAAUCUACUGUGUGUUAUCUUUUUAUUCAUCAACGGUGUGUUUGGUGCUGAAGUGAUGGAGGGAGAUUCUGUUACUCUACACACUGAUACUAAACUACAGAGAGAUGAUCUGAUACUAUGGAGGUUUAAAGAUGUAAAUGACCCCAUAGCUACACUUGACAGAGCAGAAAAUAAAAUCUCAUAUGGUACUGAUGGGAGAUUCAAAGGCAGACUGAAGCUAAGUGCUCAUACUGGUGAUCUCACCAUCACAAACAUCACAACCCAACACUCUGGGGAUUAUCAACUAGACAUCAAUGGAGAUGAUAUUACAACAAAGAAAUUCAAUGUUAUUGGUGUGAUUAACCCAGAAUCAGAUCAACUAAAGUCAGUGUCAGUAAAGGAUGGAGAUUCUGUUACUCUACUGGCUGAUGUUCCUGAUAUCAAGAAAUAUGAUGUGAUACAGUGGAGGUUUCAAGGGAUUCGUAUAGCUGAAUUCAAUAAAUCAGCCAGUGAUCUAUUAGAAGAUAAAAAAUUUAAAGACAAACUGCAGCUGGAUGUUCAGACUGGAUCUCUUAAAAUCAGAAACAUCAGAACAGAUCUCUCUGGAUUUUAUGAAGUAGAGAUCAGCAGCACCAGCAGCAGUUAUACCAUACAUCAGUCAUUCACAGUUACUGUCCGUGGUGAAGUGAAGUCAGUGUCAGUGAUGAAGGGUGAUCCUGUCACAAUAAAGACUGAUGUUCCUGACAUUAAAAGCUAUGAUCAGAUACUGUUGAUUUUUGGGUGUGAUGAAAAACGGAUUGCUGAAGCCAAUAAACAGAACAAAAAGUUCACUCUAUAUGGAAGAAUCAAAGGCAGGCUGAAGCUGAACGAUCAGACUGGAGAUCUCACCAUCACAGACAUCAGAACUGAAGAUACUGGACUUUAUGAACUGAAGAUGAGUAGCAAAAGAAGAACCAUUCAGAGGAGAUUCAGUGUUAUUAUCAGUGGAGGUCAGUCUUCAGGUGCUAUAGCAGGAAUAUCUGUUUUCAUCCUCCUGCUUAUUGCUGCUCUUAUUGCUGGUGGGAUUUACUAUCACCGUAAGAUCAAAGCAGAAAAAGAAAAACGGGAUGUAAUAAAAAUAGUGGAAGUGGAUGAGGGGAAAUCUGUUGAUCUGAAGACUGAAGUUGAUACUGACCUACAGACAGUUGAUGUGAUAGAGUGGAGAUUUGGAGAAACUCUCAUAGCUGAAAUCAAUCCUGUAAACAAAAUCCCCAUUACAAAUGAUGGUGCAUUCGGAGGUAAACUGAAGCUGAAUGAUCAGACUGGAGAUCUCACCAUCGAUGACAUCAGACAGAAACACACUGGAGAUUAUACACUGAAGAUCAUCAGACAUGGUGAACCCUCAUACACGAGAUUCAGUGUGUUUGUCAGAGCUAAUGUAGAAGAACUGGGAGUGAAUGAAGAAGAAUCUGUCGAUCUGAAGACUGAUCUUACUGACAUACAGAGAGAUGAUGUGAUAGAGUGGAGAUUUGGAAAUAAAGAAACUCUCAUAGCUCAAAUCAGUUCUGCUCUCAAAAGCCCCAGUACAUAUGAUAAAGGUCUAUUCAGAGAUAAACUGAAGCUGAAUCCUCAGACUGGAGAUCUCAACAUCAGUGACAUUAGAUGGGAACACUCUGGAUUUUAUAAACUGAAGAUCAUCAGAGGUGGAAAAACAUCAUACAAGACAAUAUCUGUGUCUGUCAGAUGUGAAACAAAAAUACUGAAAGUGGAUGAGUGGAAAUCUGCUGAUCUGAAGACUAAACUUUUUGACAUAAAGACAGGUGAUCUGAUAGAGUGGAGAUCUGGAGAAACUCUAAUAGCUCAAAUCAAUUCUGCCCGCAAAACCUUCAUUACAUAUGAUGGUGAUGAUGAUCUAUUCAGAGAUAAACUGAAGCUGAAUCGUCAGACUGGAGAUCUCACCAUCAAUGACAUCAGACAGAAACAUGAUGGAGUUUAUACACUGAAGAUUAUCAGAGAUGGGGAAAUAUCAGAGAAGAGAUUUAGUGUGUUUGUCAGAGGUGAUGUUGAAGUACUGCGAGUGAAUGAAGAAGAAUCUGUCGAUCUGAAGACUGAAGUUACUGACAUACAGAGAGUUGAGAAGAUAGAGUGGAGAUUUGGAGAUAAAGAAACUCUCAUAGCUGAAAUCAAUCCUGCAAACAAGAUCUUCAGUACAUCUGAUAAAGGUCUAUUUAGAGAUAAACUGAAGCUGAAUGAUCAAACUGGAGAUCUCAACAUCAGUGACAUCAGAUGGGAACACUCUGGAGUUUAUAAACUGAAGAUCACCAGAGGUGGAAAAACCUCAUACAAGACAAUAUCUGUGUCUGUCAGAUGUGAAACAAAAACACUGGAAGUGGAUGAGUGGAAAUCUGUUGAUCUGAAGACUAAAGCUAAUGACAUAAAGAAUGAUGAUGUGAUAGAGUGGACAUUUGGAGAAACUCUCAUAGCUAAAAUCAAUCCUGCCAACAAGAUCUUCAAUACAUAUGAAGGUGAUUAUGGUGAAUUCAAAGGUAAACUGAAGCUGAAUCCUCAGACUGGAGAUCUCAACAUUAGUGGCAUCAGACAGAAACACAAUGGAGUUUAUACACUGAAGAUCAUCAGAGAUGGAAAAACCUUAGACAGGAGAUUCAGAGUGUUUGUCAGAGGUAAUGUAGAAGAACUGCGAGUGAAUGAAGAAAAAUCUGUCAGUCUGAAGACUGAAGUUACUAAAAUACAGAAAGAUGAUGUGAUAGAGUGGAGAUUUGGAGAUAAAGAAACUCCCAUAGCUCAAAUGAAUUCUGCAAACAGGAUCUUCAGUACAUCUGAUAAAGGUCUAUUCAGAGAUAAACUGACGCUGAAUCCUCAGACUGGAGAUCUCAACAUCAAUGACAUCAGAUGGGAAAACACAGGAGUUUAUAAACUGAAGAUCAUAAGAGGUGGAAAAACCUCAUACAAGACAAUAUCUGUGUCUGUCAGAUGUGAAACAAAAACACUGGAAGUGGAUGAAGGGAAAUCUGCUGAUCUGAAGACUGAAGUUAAAAUCAUAAAGAAAGAUGAUGAGAUAGAGUGGAGAUUUGGAGAUAAAGAAACUCUCAUAGCUAAAAACAACCAUGCCCGCAAAACCUUCAGUACAUAUGAUGGUGAUUAUGAUCUAUUUAAAGAUAAACUGAAGCUGAAUGAUAAGACUGGAGAUCUCACCAUCAAUGACAUCAGAGAGAAACACACUGGAGUUUAUAAACUGAAGAUCAUCAGAGAUGGAGAAACUUCAGAAAGGAAAUUCAGAGUGUUUGUAAGAGAUGAAAUAAAAACACUGGAAUUGGAUGAAGGGAAAUCUGUUGAUCUGAAGACUGAAUUUGCUGACAUAAACAGAGAUGAUCUGAUAGAGUGGACAUUUGGAAAAACUCCUAUAGCUGAAAUCAAACCUGUCAACAAUAUCUUCAGUAAAUCUAAUGAUGAUCUAUUCAAAGAUAAACUGAAGCUGAAUCCUCAGACUGGAGAUCUCAACAUCAAAGACAUCAGACAGGAACACAAAGGAGUUUAUACACUGAAGAUCAUCAGAGGUGAAGAAACCUUAUACAGGAGAUUCAGUGUAUUUGUCAGAGGUAAUGUAGAAGUACUGCGAGUGAAUGAAGAAGAAUCUGUCAAUCUGAAGACUGAAGUUAAAGACAUACAGAGAGAUGAUGUGAUAGAGUGGAGAUUUGCAGAUAAUGGAACUCCCAUAGCUGAAAUCAAUCCUGCAAACAAGAUCUUCAGUACAUAUGAUAAAGGUCUAUUCAGAGAUAAACUGGAGCUGAAUCCUCAGACUGGAGAUCUCAACAUCAGUGACAUCAGACAUGAACACACUGGAGUUUAUAAACUGAAGAUCAUCAGAGGUGGAAAAACAUCAUACAAGACAAUAUCUGUGUCUGUCAGAUGUGAAACAAAAACACUGGAAGUGGAUGAGUGGAAAUCUGCUGAUCUGAAGACUGAAGUUAAAGACAUAAAGAAAGAUGAUGUGAUAGAGUGGAGAUUUGGAGAAACUCUUAUAGCUAAAAUCAAUCCUGCCAACAAUAUCUUGAGUACAUAUGAUGGUGGUUAUGGUGAAUUCAAAGGUAAACUGAAGCUGAAUCAUCAGACUGGAGAUCUCACCAUCAAAAACAUCAGACAGAAACACACUGGAGUUUAUAAACUGAAGAUCAUCAGAGAUGGAGAAACCUCAGAAAGGAAUUUCAGAGUGUUUGUCAUAGGUAAAGUAGAAGAACUGAGCGUGAAUGAAGAAGAAUCUGUCAGUCUGAAGACUGAAGUUACUAAAAUACAGAAAGAUGAUCUGAUAGAGUGGAGAUUUGGAGAUAAAGAAACUCCCAUAGCUAAAAUCAAUUCUGGAAACAAAAUCUUCAGUCCAUCUGAUAAAGGUCUAUUCAGAGAUAAACUGACGCUGAAUGGUCAAACUGGAGAUCUCAACAUCAAUGACAUCAGAUGGGAACACACUGGAGUUUAUAAACUGAAGAUCAUCAGAGAUGGAAAAACAUCAUACAAGACAAUAUCUGUGUUUGUCAGACGUGAAACAAAAACACUGGAAGUGGAUGAGUGGAAAUCUGCUGAUCUGAAGACUAAAGUUAAAGACAUAAAGAGAGAUGAUGUGAUAGAGUGGAGAUUUGGAGAAACUCUUAUAGCUAAAAUCAAUACUGCCAACAAUAUCUUGAGUACAUAUGAUGGUGGUUAUGGUGAAUUCAAAGGUAAACUGAAUCUGAAUGAUCAGACUGGAGAUCUCACCAUCAAUGGCAUCAGACAGAAACACACUGGAGUUUAUACACUAAAGAUCAUCAGAGAUGGAGAAACCUCAGACAGGAGUUUCAGUGUGUUUGUCAGAGGUAAAGUAGAACAACUGCGAGUGAAUGAAGAAGAAUCUGUCGAUCUAAAGACUGAAGUUACUGACAUAAAAGAAGGUGAUGUGAUAGAAUGGAGAUUUGGAGAUAAAGAAACUCUCAUAGCUGAAAUCAAUCCUGCCAACAAAAGCCCCCAGCCAUCUGAUAAAGGUCUAUUCAGAGAUAAACUGAAGCUGAAUGAUCAGACUGGAGAUCUCAAAAUCAAAGACAUCAGAUGGGAACACACUGGAGUUUAUAAACUGAAGAUCACCAGAGAAGGAAAAACAUCAUACAAGACAAUAUCUGUCUCUGUCAAAUGUGAAACAAAAACACUGGAAGUGGAUGAGUGGAAAUCUGUUGAUCUGAAGACUGAAGUUAAAGACAUAAAGAGAGAUGAUGUGAUAGAGUGGAGAUUUGGAGAAACUCUUAUAGCUAAAAUCAACCUUGCAAACAAAAGCCCCACUACAUAUAAUGAUGAUCUAUUUCAAGAUAAACUGAACUUGAAUAAUCAGACUGGAGAUCUCAACAUCAAAGACAUCAGAGAGAAACACACUGGAGUUUAUAAACUGAAGAUCAUCAGAGAUGGAAAAACCAUAGUCAGGAAAUUCAGAGUGUUUGUCAGAGGUAAAGUAGAACAACUGCGAGUGAAUGAAGAAGAAUCUGUCGAUCUAAAGACUGAAGUUACUGACAUAAAUGAAGAUGAUGUGAUAGAAUGGAGAUUUGGAGAUAAAGAAACUCUCAUAGCUGAAAUCAAUCCUGCCAACAAAAGCCCCCAGCCAUCUGAUAAAUGUAUAUUCAGAGAUAAACUGAAGCUGAAUGAUCAGACUGGAGAUCUCAAAAUCAAAGACAUCAGAUGGGAACACUCUGGAGUUUAUAAACUGAAGAUCACCAGAGGUGGAAAAACAUCAUACAAGACAAUAUCUGUGUCUGUCAGAUGUGAAACAAAAACACUGGAAGUGGAUGAGUGGAAAUCUGUUGAUCUGAAGACUGAAGUUAAAGACAUAAAGAGAGAUGAUGUGAUAGAGUGGAGAUUUGGAGAAACUCUCAUAGCUAAAAUCAACCUUGCAAACAAAAGCCGCACUACAUAUAAUGAUGAUCUAUUUCAAGAUAAACUGAACUUGAAUAAUCAGACUGGAGAUCUCAACAUCAAAGACAUCAGAGAGAAACACACUGGAGUUUAUAAACUGAAGAUCAUCAGAGAUGGAAAAACCAUAGUCAGGAAAUUCAGAGUGUUUGUCAGAGGUAAUGUAGAAGUACUGCGAGUGAAUGAAGAAGAAUCUGUCGAUCUGAAGACUGAAGUUACCGACAUACAUAAAGUUGAUCUGAUAGAGUGGAGAUUUGGAGAUAAAGAAACUCCCAUAGCUGAAAUCAAUCCUGCCAACAAGAUCUUCAGUACAUCUGAUAAAGGUUUAUUUAGAGAUAAUCUACAGCUGAAUCCUCAGACUGGAGAUCUCACCAUCAAUGACAUCAGAUGGGAACACUCUGGAGUUUAUACACUGAAGAUCACCAGAGGAGGAAAAACAUCAUACAAGACAAUAUCUGUGUCUGUCAGAUGUGAAACAAAAAUACUGGAAGUGGAUGAGGGAAAAUCUGCGGAUCUGAAGACUGAAGUUACUGACAUAAAGAAAAAUGAUGUGAUAGAGUGGAGAUUUGGAGAAACUCUUAUAGCUAAAACCAAUCCUGCCAACAAAAGCCCCAGUACACCUGACAAAGAAAAACUGAAGCUGAAUGAUCAGACUGGAGAUCUCAACAUUAAUAACAUCAGACAGAAACAAACUGGAGUUUAUAAACUGAAGAUCAUCAGUGGUGGAAAAACCUCAGUCAGGAGAUUCUAUCUGUCUGUCAGAGGUAAUGUAGAAGAACUGCGAGUGAAUGAAGAACAAUCUGUUGAUCUGAAGACUGAAGUUACUGACAUAAAGGAAGGUGAUCUGAUAGAGUGGAGAUUUGGAGAUAAAGAAACUCCCAUAGCUCAAAUCAAUCAUUCCCUUAAAAGCUUCAGUACAUCUGAUAAAGGUCUAUUCAGAGAUAAACUGACGCUGAAUCAUCAAACUGGAGAUCUCACCAUCAAAGACAUCAGAUGGGAACACUCUGGGGUUUAUAAACUGAAGAUCACCAGAGGAGGAAAAGCAUCAUACAAGACAAUAUCUGUGUCUGUCAGAUGUGAAACAAAAACACUGGAAGUGGAUGAGGGGAAAUCUGCUGAUCUGAAGGCUGAAGUUAAAAACAUAAAGAGAGAUGAUGUGAUAGAGUGGAGAUUUGAAGAAACUCCCAUAGCCACAAUCAACCAUGCAAACAAAAGCCCCAUUACAUAUGAUGAUCUAUUCAAAGAUAAAUUGAAUCUGAAUCGAGAAACUGGAGAUCUCACCAUCAAUAACAUCAGACAGAAACACACUGGAGUUUAUACACUGAAGAUCACCAGAGAUGGAGAAACCUCAGACAGGAGUUUCAGAGUGUUUGUCAGAGGUAAUGUAGAAGAACUGCGAGUGAAUGAAGAAGAAUCUGUUGAUCUGAAGGCUGAAGUUACUGACAUACAGAGAGUUGAGAUGAUAGAGUGGCGAUUUGGAGAUAAAGAAACUCUCAUAGCUGAAAUCAAUCCUGCAAACAAUAUCUUCAGUACAUCUGAUAAAGGUCUAUUCAGAGAUAAACUGAAGCUGAAUCGUCAGACUGGAGAUCUCACCAUCAGUGACAUCAGAUGGGAACACUCUGGAGUUUAUACACUGAAGAUCACCAGAGGAGGAAAAACAUCAUACAAGACAAUAUCUGUGUCUGUCAGAUGUGAAACAAAAACAGUGGAAGUGGAUGAGGGGAAAUCUGCUGAUCUAAAGACUAAAGUUAAAGAAAUAAAGACAGAUGAUCUGAUAGAGUGGAGAUUUGGAGAAACUCUCAUAGCCAAAAUCAACUCAAACAAAAGCCCCAUUACAUAUGAUGAUGCAUUCAGAGGUAAACUGGAGCUGAAUCCAAAGACUGGAGAUCUCAACAUCAAAAACAUCAGACAGGAACACGCUGGAGUUUAUACACUGAAGAUCAUCAGAGAUGGAGAAACCUCAGACAGGAGUUUCAGAGUGUUUGUCAGAGGUAAUGUAGAAGAACUGCGAUUGAAUGAAGAAGAAUCUGUCAAUCUGAAGACUGAAGUUAAAGAAAUACACAGAGAUGAUCUGAUAGAAUGGAGAUUUGGAGAUAAAGAAACUCUCAUAGCUGAAAUCAAUCCUGCCAACAAAAGCCCCAGUCCAUAUGAAAAUAAAGGUCUAUUCAGAGAUAAACUGAAGCUGAAUCCAAAGACUGGAGAUCUCACCAUCAGUGACAUCAGAUGGGAACACGCUGGAGUUUAUAAACUGAAGAUCACCAGAGGAGGAAAAACAUCAUACAAGACAAUAUCUGUGUCUGUCAGAUGUGAAACAAAAAUACUGGAAGUGGAUGAGAGGAAAUCUGUUGAUCUGAAGACUAAAGUUAAAGACAUAAAGAAAGGUCAUGUGAUAGAGUGGAGAUUUGGAGAAACUGUCAUAGCCACAAUCAACCAUGCAAACAAAAGCCCCAUUACAUAUGAUGGUGCAUUCAGAGAUAAACUGAAGCUGAAUCCAAAGACUGGAGAUCUCACCAUCAAUGACAUCACAUGGCUACUAACUGGAGAUUAUAAAUUGAAGAUCAUCAGAGAUGGAGAAACCUCAGACAGAAGAUUUAGAGUGUCUGUCAGAUGUAAUGUAGAAGAACUGCGAGUGAAUGAAGAAGAUUCUGUUGAUCUGAAGACUGAAGUUAAUGAAAUACAGAAAGAUGAUGGGAUAGAAUGGAGAUUUGGAGAUAAAGAAACUCUCAUAGCUGAAAUCAAUCAUGCAGACAAUAUCUUCAAUACAUCUGAUAAAGGUCUAUUCAGAGAUAAACUGAAGCUGAAUCGUGAAACUGGAGAUCUCACCAUCAGUGACAUCAGAUGGGAACACACUGGAGUUUAUAAACUAAAGAUCAUCAGAGAUGGAAAAACAUCAUACAAGACAAUAUCUGUGUCUGUCAGAUGUGAAACAAAAACACUGGAAGUGGAUGAGGGGAAAUCUGUUGAUCUGAAGACUGAAGUGAACAUACGGAGAGUUGAUCUGAUAGAGUGGAGAUUUGAAGAAACUCCCAUAGCUAAAAUCAAUCCUGCAAACAAUAUCUUCAGUACAUAUGAUGGUGAUGAUGGUCUAUUCAGAGAUAAACUGAAGCUGAAUCCUCAGACUGGAGAUCUCAACAUCAAUGACAUCAGACAGAAACACACUGGAGUUUAUAAACUGAAGAUCAUCAGAGAUGGAGAAACCUCAUACAAGAGAUUCAGUGUGUUUGUCAGAGGUGAAACAGAAACACUGAAAGUGGAUGAGUGGAAAUCUGUUGAUCUGAAGACUGAAGUUACUGACAUAAAGAGAGAUGAUCUGAUAGAGUGGAGAUUUGGAUUUAGAGAAACUCUCAUAGCUGAAAUCAAUCCUGCCAACAAUAUCUUCAGUACAUAUGAUGGUGAUGAUGGUCUAUUCAGAGAUAAACUGAAUCUGAAUCAUAAGACUGGAGAUCUCACCAUCAAAAGCAUCACAUGGAAACACAAUGGAGAUUAUAUACUGAAGAUCAUCAGAGAUGGAGAAACAUCAUACAGGAGAUUCAGAGUGUCUUUCUACAAUACACAACUGAAUGUGGGUGAGGGGAAAUCUGUUGAUCUGAAGACUGAAGUUAAAGACAUAAAGAGAGAUGAUCUGAUAGAGUGGACAUUUGGAAAAACUAUCAUAGCUAAAAUCAAUCCUGUAAACAAUAUCUUCAAUACAUAUAAGGGUGGUGAUGAUCUAUUCAAAUAUAAACUGAAGCUGAAUCCUCAGACUGGAGAUCUCAACAUCAAAGAAAUUAGACAGAAACACACUGGAGUUUAUAUACUGAAGAUCAUCAGAGAUGGAAAAACCUCAGACAAGAGAUUCUUUGUGUCUAUCAAAGAUAAUGUAGAAACACUGCAAGUGGAUGAAGAAAAAUCUGUUACUCUAAAGACUGAAGUUACUGACAUACAAAGAGUUGAUCUGAUAGAGUGGAGAUUUGGAGAAACUCUCAUAGCUAAAAUAAAUCCUGCAAACAAUAUCUUCAGAAAAUUUUAUGGUGAUUAUGGAGAAUUCAGAUAUAAACUGAAGGUGAAUCAUCAGACUGGAGAUCUCAACAUCAAUGACAUCAGAUGGCAACAGGAUGGAGUUUAUUUACUGAAGAUCAUCAGAGAUGGAGAAACCUCAUACAAGAGAUUCAGUGUGUCUGUCAGAUUUGCAAUACUGAAAGUGGAUGAGGGAGAAUCUGUCAAUCUGAAGGCUGAAGUUAAAAACAUAAAGAGAGAUGAUGUGAUAGAGUGGAGAUUUAAAGAAACUCUCAUAGCUCAAAUCAAUCCUGUCAACAAUAUCUUCAGUACAUAUGAUGGUGAUGAUGAUCUAUUCAGAGAUAAACUGAAGCUGAAUCAUCAGACUGGAGAUCUCAACAUCAAUGACAUCAGACUGGAACACACUGGAGUUUAUGAACUGAAGAUCACCAGAGAUGGAGAAACCUCAGACAGGAGAUUAUUUGUGUCUGUCACUGAGAAAACAAAAGAACUGAAGGUGAAUAAGGGGAAAUCUGUUGAUCUGAAGACUGAAGUUAAAGACAUAAAGAGAGGUGAUCUGAUAGAGUGGAGAUUUAGAAAAAAUCUCAUAGCUCAAAUCAAUCCUGCAAACAAAAGCCCCAUUACAUAUGAUGAUGCAUUCAGAGGUAAACUGAAGCUGAAACCUCAGACUGGAGAUCUCACCAUCAAUGACAUCAGAGAGGAACACUCUGGAGUUUAUUUACUGAAGAUCACCAGAGGAGGAAAAAUCUCAUACAUGAGAUUCAAAGUGUCUGUCAUGGAUAAUUUAGAAACACUGGAAGUGGAUGAGGGGAAAUCUGUUGAUCUGAAGGCUGAAGUGAACAUACAUUAUGUUGAUCUGAUAGAGUGGAGAUUUGAAAAAACUCUCAUAGCUGAAAUCAAUCCUGCCAACAAGAUCUUCAGUACAUAUGAUGGUGAUGAUGAUGAAUUCAGAGAUAAACUGAAGCUGAAUCAUCAGACUGGAGAUCUCAACAUCAGUGACAUCAGAUGGGAACAUGAUGGAGUUUAUAAACUGAAGAUCAUCAGAGGUGGAAAACCAUCAUACAGGAGUUUCGAAGUGAUUGUCAGAUCUUCCAGAGGAGAAGAUUCAGUGGAGAAGAGAGGAGGAGAUUCAGUGGAGAAGAGAGGAGGAGAUUCAGUGGGGAUAGAGAUGGAUCCGUUGUUGAAUAAUAGCAGUCAGUAGCAGUGAUGUUUCUCCAGUUUAACACCAUCAACAUUACGAACACAUCAGCAUCACAUCACUUAUAAUUAAAGAAAAACAUUUACCUUUGAUUCGCCUUACAUAGAAACAUUUCAAUAUCUUGAAUAAAUGAAGCUAAUAGAAUUAUAAAUAUAGUAAAAGUCAAUCAAUUAAAAUUAAAGUUGAUGAAACACAUCUGCUGUUCACACUGAUCUACAGAUAAACUGAUAUUAUUUUAAACAUAAAUUUCAGAUUUCAUAUCCAUUUCAAGAUGCAGACAUUGUGUACUGCAUGUAAUAUUUGCUGUCUCAUACAGCUAGUAAAGUGUUAUAAAAUCAAAAGCCUAAAUAUAUCUAUAUCUACACUGAAAAAAAUAAUGUGUUAAUUUUUUACACAUUGGGUGUGUCAUGCCACAUGCCACAGUAUUUCAAAACAGUGAAUGGUUUAAAUGAGUAAAUGUGAACCUGUAAAUGAAACUGUGUGUUGUUGUUAACCUGAUGAUCUUCUGAUCUUCACUUCUAGUUAGUGUCUAACCAGUGGUCAAUUUUCUAUCCCAUAAUGCCACAGGGGCAGAUGAGCCAUCAGAUUUAUAAAGUGAAACAUAUGAAUACCUGUGAACUGGAAUCAUUUAAUUGUUUUGUAGUUGUGUUGUGUUCCUCUAGUUUAUUUGAUAAUGUGUGACGCUAACAUCAACUGUAGCUUUUACUUCUCUCUUAUUGGUUUAUUAGUGAAUCUUAACAGAUAUUAGCUGUGCAUAAAUGCUUUUAUGUUCAAAUGUAUGAGCUACAGGUAACAAAAACAUUAUUCAUGUGGUAAAAUUGUUCAGAUCAACAUAUUGUUAACAUAUUAUAAUGGAAUGUAUUUAUACUAAACACUUUUUGAGAAGUAAAUAGUGAUCAUAGUCUGUAAAGUACACAGAUUUAGCUCAUGUAGCUCAUGUGUCUCAGUUUAAAGAGAGAAAGUGUUUGUGUUGAAGAAUCUAGAAAUUAGACUUUGAUGAUUCAGUGUUACAUUGACUGUUUUUAAGCUAUAUUAUUUUAGCUUUUUUUAAGCUUUGCCAAAUGUUUAUAUUCUAAAUUCUGUGCCAUGUUUUAUUAUUAUGUAACCACGUUUGCUAUAGUAAAUAACUACUUAUUUACAUUUUGUUACUGUAUAUUAAUAUUGUUUGUUUAUUGAGAGACUUUGUCUAAGACCGUGAGACAUAUUUAAUGUGAUCUGAAUGUAGACUGAAUAUGUUUUCAUGUGGACAGAUCUGUACAGUACAUUACACAACCUUUUGUGUUUUUUAUUAUUGUGAAACUGCAUGAUGCAUCGAUUUAUGGCACUUAAUUCAAAGCUUGCACUAAACCCAGAAAAAUUUUGAAGUCCUACACUUAAAUCUAUUUUAGUUUGUUCUUCUCUGAACAUUAUGUGUACUGUAACAGCUUUUAUAUGAUACAUCACUCAUGAUAUAUGAAUAUGAUUUUUUUAUAUAAAAGCAUCUGAUAAAAGUCACAGUGCCUUUUUAUUUAUGUGAGUCAUUUAAUAUAAAUAUUAUCACUCUUA